UUGGGGGAGGGGAGGAGGAGUCGCGGCGGGAGGAGGACAGCGCCAUUCCGGCCGCUCCCUCUGUCCCCUCUCCCUUCCCCGCAGUGGCCCGCGAGCCGCCAGCGAAGGAGCGCGCGCGUGACGCGUCCGGGAUUGCUCGCGCCCUCCCGCGCCGAGCGUUCGCCGCCCGCUCAUGGCCCGGGCCGCGGCCGACGAGCCGCGCUAAGGCGGGCCGCGCGGAGUCGUGGGGCCGCCGCCGUGGCCCUCGCUGUCCGCACCUCGCCGCCAGCCCGCGGUGCCCGCGCACACCGGCCGCCAUCGCCUUCGCGCCUGGCUGGCGGGGGCGCUGUCCUCCCCGGCCGUCCGCGCCGCUCCCUGGAGCUCGGCGGAGCGUGGCAGUCAGGGCCGGCGGAGGCUCGAGGAGCCGGACGCCGCCGCCGGUAUCGCCGCCGGCGCUGCGAGGGCCAUGACCGUGGAGCAGAACGUGCUGCAGCAGAGCGCGGCGCAGAAGCACCAGCAGACGUUUUUGAACCAGCUGAGAGAAAUUACUGGGAUUAAUGAUGCCCAGAUACUACAGCAAGCCUUGAAGGAUAGUAACGGAAACUUGGAACUAGCAGUGGCUUUCCUUACUGCGAAGAAUGCCAAGACCCCUCAGCAGGAGGAGACAACUUACUACCAAACAGCGCUACCUGGCAAUGAUAGAUACAUCAGUGUGGGAAGCCAAGCAGAUACGAAUGUGAUUGAUCUCACUGGAGAUGAUAAAGAUGAUCUUCAGAGAGCAAUUGCCUUGAGUUUGGCGGAAUCAAACAGGGCAUUCAGGGAGACUGGAAUAACUGAUGAGGAGCAAGCCAUUAGCAGAGUUCUUGAAGCCAGCAUAGCAGAAAAUAAAGCGUGUUUGAAGAGGACACCUACUGAAGUUUGGAGAGAUUCUCGAAACCCUUAUGAUAGAAAAAGGCAGGACAAAGCUCCUGUUGGACUAAAGAAUGUUGGCAAUACUUGCUGGUUUAGUGCUGUUAUUCAGUCAUUAUUCAAUCUUUUGGAAUUUAGAAGACUAGUUCUGAAUUACAAGCCUCCAUCAAAUGUUCAAGAAUUACCCCGAAACCAAAAGGAACAUCGGAAUUUGCCUUUUAUGCGUGAGCUUCGGUAUCUAUUUGCACUUCUUGUUGGUACUAAAAGGAAAUAUGUUGAUCCAUCAAGAGCAGUUGAAAUUCUUAAGGAUGCUUUCAAAUCAAAUGACUCCCAGCAGCAAGACGUGAGUGAGUUUACACACAAAUUAUUAGAUUGGUUAGAAGAUGCCUUCCAAAUGAAAGCUGAAGAGGAGACGGAUGAAGAGAAGCCAAAGAACCCCAUGGUAGAGUUGUUCUAUGGAAGAUUCCUAGCCGUGGGAGUGCUUGAAGGUAAAAAAUUUGAAAAUACUGAAAUGUUUGGUCAGUACCCACUUCAGGUCAAUGGAUUCAAAGAUCUACAUGAGUGCCUAGAAGCUGCCAUGAUUGAAGGAGAAAUUGAGUCUUUACAUUCAGAAAAUUCAGGAAAGUCCGGCCAAGAGCAUUGGUUUACCGAACUACCACCUGUGUUAACGUUUGAAUUGUCAAGAUUUGAAUUUAAUCAGGCAUUGGGAAGACCAGAAAAAAUUCACAACAAAUUGGAAUUUCCUCAAGUUUUAUAUCUGGACAGAUACAUGCACAGAAACAGAGAAAUAACAAGAAUUAAGAGGGAAGAGAUCAAAAGACUAAAAGAUUACCUCACAGUAUUGCAACAGAGACUUGAAAGGUAUUUAAGCUAUGGUUCAGGUCCCAAACGAUUCCCCUUGGUGGAUGUUCUGCAGUAUGCGUUGGAAUUUGCCUCAAGUAAACCUGUUUGCACUUCUCCUGUUGAUGAUAUUGAUGCUAGUUCCCCAUCUAGUGGUUCUGUACCAUCACAGACAUUACCAAGCACAACAGACCAGCAGGGAGCUCCUUCAGAACUGCCAAGCACAUCACCCGUAUCAAUAGCUGCCAUUUCAUCGAGAUCAGUAAUACACAAACCAUUCACUCAGUCUCGGAUACCUCCAGAUUUGCCCAUGCAUCCAGCACCAAGGCACAUAACAGAAGAGGAACUCUCUGUGCUAGAAAGCUGUUUACAUCGCUGGAGGACAGAAAUAGAAAAUGACACCAGAGAUUUGCAGGAAAGCAUAUCUAGAAUCCAUCGCACAAUUGAACUAAUGUACUCUGACAAAUCUAUGAUCCAAGUUCCUUAUCGCUUACAUGCUGUUUUAGUUCAUGAAGGCCAAGCUAAUGCCGGGCACUACUGGGCAUACAUUUUUGAUCAUCGUGAAAACAGGUGGAUGAAGUACAAUGAUAUUGCUGUAACAAAAUCAUCAUGGGAAGAGCUAGUGAGGGACUCUUUUGGUGGUUAUAGAAAUGCCAGUGCAUACUGUUUAAUGUACAUAAAUGAUAAGCCACAAUUCUUAAUGCAAGAGGAGUUUAAUAAAGAAACUGGGCAGGCCCUUGUUGGAAUAGAAACACUACCACCAGACUUAAGAGAUUUUGUUGAGGAAGACAACCAGCGAUUUGAGAAAGAACUAGAAGAAUGGGAUGCACAGCUUGCCCAGAAAGCUUUGCAGGAAAAACUUUUAGCAUCUCAGAAAUUGAGAGAGUCAGAGUCUUCUGUGACAACAGCACAAGCAGGAGAACCAGAAUAUCUAGAGCAGCCAUCAAGAAGUGAUUUCUCAAAGCACUUGAAAGAAGAAACUAUUCGAAUAAUUACCAAGGCAUCACAUGAGCAUGAAGAUAAAAGUCCUGAAACAGUUUUACAGUCGAAACCUGAAAAUACCACAAGCCAACCACCUUCUAACCAGCAAGUUGUAGAGGUGGCGAUUCCUCAUGUAGGGAAAUUUAUGAUUGAGUCAAAGGAGGGGGGUUAUGAUGACGAGAUCAUGAUGACACCGAACAUGCAAGGUAUUAUCAUGGCGAUAGGUAAAUCCAGGAAUGUAUAUGACAGGUGUGGCCCUGAAGCAGGGUUCUUUAAGGCAAUUAAGUUGGAAUAUUCAAGGUUGGUUAAAUUGGCCCAAGAAGAUACCCCACCAGAAACAGACUACCGUUUACAUCAUGUAGUAGUCUACUUUAUCCAGAAUCAGGCUCCAAAGAAAAUCAUUGAGAAAACAUUGCUAGAACAAUUUGGAGAUAGAAAUUUGAGUUUUGAUGAAAGGUGUCACAACAUAAUGAAAGUUGCUCAAGCCAAAAUUGAAAUGAUAAAACCUGAAGAAGUAAACUUUGAGGAGUAUGAGGAAUGGCAUCAGGAUUAUAGAAAAUUCAGGGAAACAACCAUGUAUCUCAUAAUUGGGCUAGAAAAUUUUCAAAGAGAAAGUUAUAUAGAUUCCUUGCUGUUCCUUAUCUGUGCUUAUCAGAAUAACAAAGAACUCUUGUCCAAAGGCCCAUACAGAGGACAUGAUGAAGAAUUGAUAUCACAUUAUAGAAGAGAAUGUUUACUAAAAUUAAAUGAGCAGGCUGCAGAACUGUUUGAAUCUGGAGAGGAUCGAGAAGUAAACAAUGGUCUGAUUAUCAUGAAUGAGUUUAUUGUCCCAUUUUUGCCCUUGUUAUUGGUGGAUGAAAUGGAAGAGAAAGAUAUACUUGCUGUGGAAGAUAUGAGAAAUCGAUGGUGUUCCUACCUUGGACAAGAAAUGGAAUCAAACCUCCAAGAGAAGCUGACAGAUUUUCUGCCAAAACUGCUUGAUUGUUCUACGGAGAUUAAAGGUUUCCACGAGCCACCGAAGUUACCUCCGUACUCCACGCAUGAACUCUGUGAGCGAUUUGCCCGAAUCAUGUUGUCCCUCAGUCGGACUCCUGCUGAUGGAAGAUAAACUGCACAUACUUUCCCUAAACACACUGUAUAAACUUUUUUUUAGUUCUUAACCCUUGCCUUCCUGUUACAGGGUUUGCUUGUUGCUGCUAUAGUUUUUAACUUUUUAUUUUAAUCACCGCAGAAGACAAAAGGACUCUACAGACUUUAGCCAGACUGCAAACAAAGCUGAGAAUCGCAUGGCGCUCACUUUGUUUUAACCAGAACUGAUGUAUAAUUACAAAUCCAAUUGAUUUUAUUAUGGCAAAACCAUGCUUUUGCCACUUGUCUGUUACAGUAUUACUUUGCUUUUAUCUUUUCUUUAUCUGCAGCUUUCCAUUCAGUCUGGAUCCUCCAUGACUACAGCCAUUUAAGUGUUCAGCACUGUGUACAAUACAUAAUAUUUGGUAGCUUGUAAAUGAAAUUAAAGAAUAAAGUUUUAUUUAUGGCUACCUAUGUGUUUGUAAGCAGGUAUAUUAUAUAUUAGUGUAUUUUUUUAGUUAUAUAAAUGAAUUUUGUCUGGGGAUUGUUUAAGAUUGGGUGAUAAAUGGAUUAAUACACACUUUUAAGUUUGCUCUAAUGUUAGCACAUUAGAAAUUUACUGAGUACUUGACACUUAAAUGUAUCUAUAUUGUUGACUAAGUUGUUAAACUUAGUGUGGCACCUAAACCUGUUUUGAAUUCAAAUCAGGUUUUCACUGAAGUGAGCGGCUGAUAUUUAAGUCAACCACACUGAAACUUUUAACCUUUUCUUAGAUUAACCUUUUAUUUUUUUAUGUAUUUACAUAUAAUAUAGCAAGGUGAUUAUUUCAAGAGAUACCAGAAAAAAAGUACUUGAAUAAGGGCUAUUUAAUAGUGGAACUUAUAAGAAAUAUGUAUAUGUAUAUAUACAUACAUACACACAUGUAUACACACACAUAUUCUUCAUAAUGGAGGACAGUGUUUGCAUUAUAUAGUCAUUCUAUUUUUGUAAAUUGUAUACUACUUUAUUUGAAAAUGUUCUCUACUAAUCAGUGCUGUGAAAUGAAGUUGAUAUUGUUGAACUAGAAGUUAUGAGUACCUUACCUGCAUUUAUUUACCUCCUUUUCAAAAAGGAAAAAGCUGUAGAACAUUUUGUAGAUGGAACUGCUGUUUAAGAUUAAUGAAGUAAUAUUGUGAAUGAAAUUCAAUGCUUUAAAGGUAAUCAUUGUUACCAACAACCUAUUUUUGAAUUUAUAAAAAUUCUUUAUAAGUGAUACUUUGUUAGCGUAGUAAAAUAUAUCAUUAUA